AAAAAAAAAUCAUUAAAAUAACUUGCUACCGCCCUUAAAAAAAAAAAGUCCAUAAUCUCCGUCCUGCCGGGUCAUCACUCUAAAAAUGCUAUCAACAAUUCAACCCCCGCGUUGUCUUUCUCGCAUUGCAGUCCGCGGCCGUACCAAAUCCCGCUCUCUCCACAUCCUCUCUUCCGCUCAAUCCGUCACCUCAGCCUCCCUCAUAGACCAUUCACAAAUCCUGUCCAUCCGUGACUCCCUCCUCUCUCGCCACCUCAGCGCAGUCCAACUGACCCAUUCCUACCUGGACCGCCUCAAACAGACGGAACCCCAAAUCAAGUCUUUCCUCCACGUCUCCGACCCGGACAAGGUUCUGAAACAGGCGCACGAGAUUGAUGAGAAGAUAAAGAGGAAUGAGGAAGUGGGUCCCCUUGCUGGGGUCCUUGUGGCUGUCAAGGACAACAUUUGUACGGCUGAUAUGCCUUCCACCGGUGGCUCCCGCAUCCUGGAGGGGUACCGUCCACCGUUCGAUGCCACAGCCGUGAAGAGGUUGAAGAACUUGGGUGCCAUUGUGGUUGGGAAGACCAACUUAGAUGAGUUUGGCAUGGGGAGUACUACUGAAGCUUCGGCUUUUAAGGUGACAGCAAACCCGUGGGACCUCUCUCGGGUGCCAGGAGGAUCAUCCGGAGGCUCGGCUGCAGCUGUUUCUGCUAGGCAGUGUGUUGUAUCACUUGGGAGUGACACUGGUGGAAGCGUGCGGCAGCCAGCAUCAUUUUGCGGUGUAGUUGGUUUGAAGCCAACUUAUGGACGGGUCUCAAGAUUUGGGCUUAUGGCAUAUGCAUCAUCCCUUGAUGUUAUUGGGUGUUUAGGUUCAUCGGUUGCUGACACCGGGAUUCUUCUUCAUGCAAUUUCUGGUCACGAUACACUUGAUGCCACUAGCAGUAAACGUGAAGUGCCUGAUUUCACUUCUCAAUUCACUUCUGCAAGUUCUUUGGAAUCCAGACCAUUGGAAGGGCUAAGGGUUGGUCUUAUCCGUGAAACUGUUGAUGGUGGUGUUGAUUCUGGAGUUAAAUCAGCAAUACAGAGUGCUGCAGCUCAUUUGGAACAAUUAGGAUGUAUUUUGAAAGAGGUGUCAUUGCCAUCCUUCUCUCUUGGUUUACCAGCUUACUAUAUUCUUGCAUCAUCAGAAUCAUCUUCAAACUUAUCGCGAUACGAUGGUGUCAGGUAUGGAAGCCAAGCUUCUUCUGAUGAGCUAAAUUCACUUUACAAAGAAUCCAGAGCUAAAGGAUUUGGGCCAGAGGUGAAAAUGAGAAUAUUAAUGGGAACUUAUGCACUUUCAGCUGGCUAUUAUGAUGCAUAUUACAAGCGUGCCCAACAGGUGAGGACCAUAAUUCGGAAAAGCUUCAAGGCUGCAUUGGAUGAAAAUGACAUCCUAAUUUCUCCUGCAGCUCCUUCUGCUGCAUAUAAGAUUGGUGAGAAGAAGAAUGAUCCAUUGGCGAUGUAUGCAGGAGAUAUCAUGACUGUCAAUGUUAACAUGGCGGGCUUACCUGCAUUGGUUUUGCCAUGUGGAUUUGUUGAAGGGGGGGCUGUGGGGCUUCCUGUUGGCCUUCAAAUUAUUGGUGCAGCAUUUGAUGAGGAAAAGUUGCUCAAAGUGGGUCAUAUCUUUGAGCAGACACUUCAAGGUUACAAUUUUGUUCCUCCACUUGAUGCAGAUGGUGUUUUCGCCUAAACUUGGAUGAUCCAUGCUUUUCUGAGGACGCUUAUGGCUUGAAAUACAAUUGAAACCUGUAACGAGUGGAUCUGCUAGUUCAGUGGGUUGUGACUUUUAACUCUGUUUUAGUGAGAUAUGGUUUAUGGCAUGUCUUGAUGACUAGAGCUUUAGACCCCCAGCAGCAUUGAAAUACAAUUUUGUUCUUCAAAAAUAUUGGUAAGCAGGCGUCUAAAUUUGGCAGUGUCUCCAUAAUAUUUCAAUGUAAUAUAUUGUAUGCUAACGUUUUGGGUGCAUAUUCAUGAAAGUCAGUGUUGGAUUUCAUGGCCAAUUCCAGUAAAUU